GUGUCUUGUGGUAGGGGUGGGGUGAAGGAAGCAUGAGAGGUGACGUAACGCCGUCCUGCUGCGCCGGCCUCUGAUUGGCCACAGCCGACGCGCUGUUGCCCCUGGCCAUAUAAAAAGAGGUGUGACAAGCUUGCGGAAGCUUUUGUCCUGCAGACUGCCAUGUGCAUCGUGUGGCUUACGCACCAAGGAAGUACCGCUUUCUCACUGUAUAACUCCUCGCCUCUUUUGUGAACCCCUUCGCCUGUGUGACAUUACAGCUGUGUGAGUAAUUGUUACUCAAUAGUGAAAGGAAGAAACUAAUUGUGUUUCCGUGCCUGUAUGAGUGUGUGCCUGAGCUGUAUGUGCCUGUAGCGUGUCUGUGCGAGAAUCUGCGCUGUCGGCCCUCCGGUCCUCGCCACACUGCCAGCUGCCGAACCUACGAGAACUGCUCAGGUUAAGUCGUUUGUGCCAACCUGCUGAAGCUCAGUAAAAAUUAAACAAACAGCCAUGGCAAGCAGCAACACCAAAAGGAUGGACGUGGGUGCCAGUUCCGACGUGGUGACCUCGGUGCAGGUGACGGUCAACGGUGUGGCUCAUCAAGUGGGUACUGAGUUUUCACCACAGACGCACCUGAUUGACUACUUACGAAAUGAGCUCCACCUGACAGGCGCCAAGGCUGUGUGUCGUGAGGGAGGGUGUGGUGCUUGCACGGUUGUGGCCACGACACCAGAUCCUGAGGAUCCCAAGAAGUCAAAGACCUUCAGUGUCAAUGCUUGUCAGCAGCUACUGUUUGCAUGUGAUGGGUGGGAGGUGGAGACAGUGGAACAUCUUGGGGACCGUCACCAUGGCUACCACCCGUUGCAGGAGGCACUGGCAAGCUUCUAUGGGACUCAGUGUGGUUACUGCUCCACAGGGAUGGUCAUGACAAUGCAUGGGCAGCAAAAGUCCAGGGGCUCUCUGACCAUGAGCCAGGUGGAGGCUGCUCUGGAUGGCAACUUGUGUCGCUGCACUGGCUACCGGCCGAUCCUGGACGCCUUUAAGGCCUUGGCAGAGGAUGCCAGUCAGGACCUCAAGGACAGGCUGCCAGAUUUAGAGGACUCUCAUAAAGAAAGAGGCUGCUGCAAAUCCAAAAACAAGUGUCAGAGGUCAUGUGGGGCUAGCUGUGAAAAUAUCAAGACUAUCAAGAAGAAAAAUGUGAGCACUGUGACUGAAGGAACCCAGUGGUACCAGCCAGUAUCCAUACAGAGUCUGUAUGAUGUGAUAAACAGCUUGGCAGAAGGAGAGACUUACCAGCUUGUUGUUGGCAAUACAGGAGAAGGAGUGUACAGGAAUAGCAGCACACCUACUGCCAGUAUCAGCAUGGCAGGUGUGAGGGAGCUUUAUGCCAUCCAGAAGUCAGCCACUUCUCUCAAGCUGGGCAGUAGUGUCAGCUUGGGGCGAGCCAUGGAAGUCUUCAAGGAUGUCCAGUUUGCUGAAGGCUUCCAUUACUUAGAGAGUCUCGCCAGUCACUGGUCUGUGGUGGCCAACACAGCAACACGAAAUGUUGGAAGUAUUGGUGGAAAUCUGAUGCUGAAGCACCAACACCCUGAGUUCCCGUCUGACAUCUUCUUGACACUGCUGGGCACUGGUGCAUCACUAACUCUAGGCACAGCAGCUGAUGCCUCCACUUCAGAAGUGACUUUGGAACAGUUCCUCUCCAUCAGCAUGGCAGGACGUGUCAUCCUCUCUGUCACACUGCCACAACUCUCGCUCAACACUCAGAUCCAUUCCUACAAGAUUGGUCCCCGUGCAGUCAACGCCCAUGCCUAUGUUAAUGCAGUGUUCAGGUUUGAGGUGAACACUACGGCCGACUUUCAGAUCACCAGUAAGCCUUUCAUCCUCUAUGGUGGCAUCAACCCUAACUUUAUCCAUGCCAAGCAGACAGAAGAGUUCCUGACAAGCCAGUCCCUGCUGCAGCCUGGUCUGAUGGUGCAGGCAGCAUCUGUGCUGAGUUCAGAGAUGUACCCUGAUAGCCAGCCACAGGAUGCCUCCCCUCAGUAUCGUUCAUCACUGGCACAGGCUCUUCUUUAUAAGGCUGUGCUCAGCAUCCUUGGUGAGGCAGUGAGUCCCUCGCUGGCAGGUGCUGGAAGCCUCAUCACUCGGCCUGUGUCAUCCGGCAAGCAAUUCUUUGAGGAAAAUAUGGAAAUGUUGCCAGUUGGGAAGCCAAUACCCAAGGUGGAGUCUUUGCCUCAGGUGUCAGGAGAGGCACUGUUCAUGAAUGAUGCUCCCAUCCUGCCUGGUGAACUGCAUGGGAUCUUCAUACAAAGUGGUGUGGGACGGGCCAACAUCAAGGCCAUUGACACCUCAAAAGCAGUGACACUAGAAGGAGUGGUGGCGGUGGUGACAGCAGCAGACAUCCCCGGCAUCAACAGCUUCAUUGCAGCUAAUGAUGUUCAUCCUGAGGAGGUAUUUGCCUCAGUGGAGGUGAAGUAUGCUGGCCAGCCACUGGGACUGGUGGUGGCCACAAGCCACAGUGCUGCUAAGGCUGCUACUUCUCUGGUGGUGGUGGAGUAUGAGAACCAGCAGGCACCAGUGCUCACCAUCCAGCAGGCUCAGGCUGAGGGCUGGGUCUUCCCAACUCAACAGAAACCCCUCACACAGGGAGACAUUGAGGAGGGCUUUGCAGCCUCCACUCACAUCAUCACUGGAGAAUUUGACCUUGGGGGACAACACCACAUGGCUCUUGAACCAAUCUCAGCCCGUGUGGCACCCACUGAAGAUGGUUACGAUGUGCUGAGUACCACCAUAUGGCCCGCUGAGUGUCAGGCAACAGUGGCGCAGGUGCUUGGUGUGGAUGCCAGCAGUGUGAAUGUAUCAGUGCGACGCAUCGGUGGUUCCUUUGGAGGCAAGAUUAGUCGGAGUCACAUGGUGUCCUCUGCUGUGGCUGUGGCAGCUUGGAAGACCCACCGGCCAGUGAAGGUCUCCCUGGACCUGAAGACCCACAUGACACUUGUAGGUGGCCGAGAACCCUACUACUCCAAGUACAAGGUUGGCAUAGAUGCUGAAGGGAAAGUGCUGGCCAUAGAAGAAGAACUGACAUGUGACAGUGGAUGUGUAGGGAAUGAUGUAGCCAGUGGUAUUGGAGCUGCAUUCAUGAGCAGUGUAUACUACUGUCCCAACUGGCUGGUGCAGCCAAUGUACGCCAUCACCAACACUGCCUCCAACACCUUCACUAGAGCACCAGGUAUUGUGGAGAGUCUGGCCACCAUGGAAGCCAUCAUGGACCACAUUGCUGCUGUCCUGGGCAAGGAUCCUCUGCAGGUGCGGGAAAUCAAUCUGGCCAAUGCUGGAGCACUGCGGCCGGGCUUCACACCAGUGGUGAGGAAUGUGUUCAAGGAGGAAAUCCUGCCACGCCUCAGGGUGACAGCAGACUUUGACAAACGGAAGGCAGAGGUGUCUGCGUAUAAUGAGUCCAAGAGGUGGAGGAAGCGAGGUAUGGCUCUGGUACCAUUUUGCUUCAACAUUGGCUUUGAUGUCAUCUUUCGUUUUGGUGGACUGGUAAACAUCUAUGCCCAUGAUGGCAGUGUUGCCAUCACUCAUGGAGGCACCGACAUGGGCCAGGGCAUCAAUACAAAGGUGAGCCAGAUUGCUGCCUACAUCCUGGGAGUUCCUCUGGAAACAGUGAGGGUGAAGGCCACCUCCACCACUGCCAAUGCUAACUCCUCCCACCAGGGGGCCACCAUCUGCUCGGACAUUGUGUGUUUGGGAGUGAAGAAAGCUUGUGAGACUCUGGCAGAAAAAAUUGCUGAGUUCAAAGCCACUCUGCCUGAAGGAGGGGCAGGUGUGUCUUGGCCAGAGCUGUUGAAGUUGUGUGUAUCUGGAGAUGUUGAUAUCAGCGAGAGAUUCUGGACUCAGCAAGGGAAGUAUCCAGCGAACUAUGAUGUGUAUGGUGGGGCGUGUGUGGAGGUGGAGCUGGAUGUCCUCACUGGUACUUUCCUCAUUCACCGUGUGGAUGUGAUUGAAGACUGUGGGCAGAGCAUGAGUCCUUUGGUGGAUGUGGGCCAGGUGGAGGGUGCCCUUGUCAUGGGUUUGGGGCUGCACACCACUGAGGAGAUCAAAUUUAACCCCACCACAGGGCAGAAGCUUGCAGCAGGAACCUGGUCAUACAAACCUCCGAGUGCUCUAGACAUACCAGUGGAUCUAAGAGUGACUCUGCUGCCCAACUCCUCUAAUGAGAGUGGAGUCCUGCGGGCCAAGGCGGUCGGGGAGCCACCGCUGUGCCUGUCAUAUGGAGUGGUGAUGGCGCUGCGCCAGGCCAUCACUGCUGCCCGUAGCAUGGCUGGGGAGUCUGGCUGGUUUGACAUUAGCACGCCACUAACAGUGGAGAAGAUACAACAGCUAUGUCUUGUUGACUCAUCACAGUUUGUCACAACACAAGAAUAAAGCAACUUGAGUUGGACUUCCUUUCACCACUGCAGCCAAGUGCCAACAGCUUCUUCCUCUACAAAUGACCAUCUGCCUGGAGAGUUUAGGUUGAUCUAUUAGUAGAAACUGAUUGAUAGUGACACUUCAACCUAAAUGUCUCCUAUUGACAGCAAUAUGAAAACUAUAGUCAUGUUUACAUGCUGAUUAUUUUUUAUUUUCUAUUUGUAUUGGAAGGUUUAUAAAAUUGAUUGUUACCUAUCACAUUAGACAGCAGUCUUGAGUACAUGGAUGUAUGAAGAUAGGACAAUGAAAUAGAUGGUUAUAAGUGAUAGAGUAUGCGAUGAUGCACAGUGUGUGUGUCCAGUCCAGUCCAGUAGUGGGCAUGGGAUUGAAUGCAUUUGUAUUGGCUCCCACUUUUAUGUAUAUUUCUUGUUCUUGUUUGUAUUCUUCUAUUCUUAACUUAUCUUUUGUCUUUCAUUCCAAAUUUUGAUCAUAUACAGUGAUACCUUGAAAUAAGAGCUGCCUAAGAUACAAGCUAUGAUUUGAUAAUUUUUUUUAUUUUGAGAUACAAGCAAAACUUUGAGAUACAAGUCACGCUUGGGGAUGUUGCCGCUGCAAUCGGCGGCUUGGCGCAUCGGUCCAGCCUCAUCUGAGCUAGUAUUUACAUGUUUCCUGUGGAUCUCAUGCACUGUGAUUGUUCCUUCAUCACCCCAAGUGAGGGGUGGGAAUGCAGUAACAUCCUGUGGAAUACUUCCCUCAAGAUAAAUAUAUUUUAUAAGAGUAGUUUAUCUAUAUAUUAUCAUUGUUAUGCUUUAUUAUGUUAUUUAUGAAUACCUUUUCCUAACCUGAAAACACAAAAAAAAUAGGGGUGCUCUUUUUGGGAAGGCUGGAACGGAUCAGUGGCAUUUCAGUGCAUUGCAAUGGGAAAAUUGUUUUGAGAUAAGACCUCCAUCACAGAAGGAAUUAAACUUGUAUCUCAAGGUACCACUGUAUUCUUUUCUUUUUUCAGUUUCAUCUCCUAAUAAUGUUCAGAACACUAAUGAAUUUGCAAUUAUGUUGUCUCUGAUUUGGUUUUCUUUAUUUUUUUUAGAAUGUUUGGUUUUGUCUUAUCUUACGGUAUUAUUCAGUCUAAUAGAAAAUGGUCAAGUGUUUCUGUAUCACAAUUGCAACACGUCUGGACACUGUUCACUUUUUCUCUGAAAUUGGUUUCUCUACUUUAGGGUUGAUUUGUUUGUUCUAUAUCUCAUAAUUAAUUUGGAGCAUGAUAUGUUAUCUAUCCAGCUUUCUUCCCUUAAUUCUCUCUCCUGUGUAAGUUGUAAAUGUGUAAUUUUAUUUUGGCCUGCAUUUCAUAUUUGCAUUGAGCUGUGUCCCAUUUUUAGUAUUAUGUCUGUUAUGUUGGUCUUUGUCAAUUUAUUAAUUUGUGUUUAGUUAAUGGCUAUGUUUUCCAUAUAUGCUUUAAGAAUCUUUAUUCACUUGCCAUUACCAUCUUCAAAUUCUUUUAUGAAUAUAUUUCUUAUUAA